GUCCCAUAAAGGGAGACUAGUAUAGAUCUAUACUAUAGACAAUAGCUAUUUAGCUACUGUCAUACCCUUCUGGGAUUCAAACCAGGGCUACCUACGUAUUAGGUAUAUGUAUUAACCUCUACCUAAUUCAGGUAAAUCCAAUACAAAAAUUGGGGAUUGGGGUUGAAAGUCGAAUGCGGAAGCAGUUGCCCCGUCCCAUAUUUGGGUAGACCAGGUUGCCUUGAUAGACUGGUCUCACUAGAAAAAACAUCGCCCCUGGUAUACGCAACCAAGCGAGGAGAGCCCGUGGCUUAGAGGUUAAUACAUCCACCUAAUAUGUAAGUAGACCAGGUUUGAAUCCCAGAAGGGCACGCCUGGCUGAUGAGGGCUUGAAAUAGAUCUAUAUUACUCUCCCUCUAUUUCUUUGGUGGUAAAUAUAAAUCCAAACACCCCUCUGGGCUUAUUCAUCAACUCUUAUCUACUACUCUGCUGGAACAUCUUAUUAUCACAAUCAAGAUAGUUCUUUCUGCUAAUGACGUCCGAUUGCUCAUUGCUUCUGAAUCUUGCCUGUGCGUGACCUCCAUCCUUGCCAAGGGAUGAGAGAAUGGGAACCAAGCAGUUCUCCUCUGUUGUCUUCUAUGCGGAUUGGGUUUCUUCUUCCAGUCUGCAUCCAUGCAGGGAUUACAUCAGCACACCUGCCCCUGAACUGGGGGAGCCUCACAUCCCUUGUAGGGUGGGAUGGACAUGGCUCAUGGCCAAAAAAGUCUCCACGUAAGGACCACUUGGUCAUGGCUAGAUAAGCAAAGUAUCACCAUUCUCAAUGGUGAGAAUUGGUGGAAAAGAGAUGACCUAUCAACCAAUUUAAAAAUCAGCGGAAGGCUGGGGAUGAAACCCUCCUGGUGACCAGGUGGGAUUUUGCUGCCCAGCUGGUGGCAGGAGAACUGCUGAGAAGAUAUUGGCCCAAGGAGAAGCCUGUAGAAUCCCUGCACUAAGAAGGGGUCUAUCUGGGCGCCUGGACCUCCUCCUGCCAGUUGCAUUUCCUAAUCGGGCAGCCUUCAAGAGACAACAAGGAUGGACCCAGCGCUGCCUCCCAUCACACCUGCCUCCCUGAUUUGUUCUUCCUGUAGGUGAAGCACAGGAUGGGCGGGGAAGGUCAGCCUCCGCUUAUCAGUCCUGGACCAUCUAUUUUACCAUGGAUCAGCCACUGGGCUCUUCACAGCCUCCACGGGCAGCUGGGCAGAGGAGGAGGAGGACAACCUGUCCCAGGCGAGGCACAAUGGUAUCCUACGGGAAGCGCCUGGCCUGCCUUCUUGUUGCAGGCACCCUCUACCCAGCCGUCCUUCUGCUCUCGGCCCUCAUCCAGUACCGAGGAACUGUGUGUCCCCCUGGGAUUGAUCAACCCCUGAAGGCCCGCAUCUGCCAGACGAUGCUCAUCACAGUGUUAAUUUUGGUAAGCUUUUCUUUCAUUCCUUUUUUCAUGAACUAGACAGAAGAAUUGAAUUGAUGUAUUCUUUUCUUAUCAGAUUAGGAUUGGCUCGAAUUCAUGAACAUCCACAUCAAUGGAACAGAAACAGUUUCUUGAAGCUGUGAAACUGACUGGUUCUCCCGUCUGUCCAGAUUUGGAAGGAGGGGGGCUUCCCUCUGUAAAAGGCAGUAUUCCCCCACUGAAGUCCUCCAGCUGCUCAAGCUGGAGGUCCCAUGGCUCCCAGCCAGCUCUCUUCAAUAUGAUAGGGCACCUAUAGUUUAUGGAGGUACUCCACUCUGCAAGGUUUAAUCCCCUGCCAAAUCUAUUCUGCCAUAGCUGUGACCUACUACACUCACUCUAGUUCGGGGCCUUCAGGUAUGUGUUGAAGGGAGAGAAACAGGAUGCAUCACAACACUGAAAUGCAAACUCUGCCUGACAUCCAAAUACAAAAGGCACAGAGCCGGAGGGGGGGGGGCAUACCUCGAGGCCCAUUGUUUCAUUCCACAGGACCCUCUACCUGCUGUGGCUACCUUGCGGGUGUAGGAAUUCCAACUCUCUGCGGGAAAAGAUUAAGGCGGCCUCCCAAAAUUAAAUUCUCCUCUUCUGUGCUUUGCCAACAGGGAAUUGUUUUAGAGGAGCUGGGUUUGUGCAGCCUCUGCGAUGUGUUACGGCUUUGGGCGAACGGAGUACCUCCGCGUAGGGAUCCGUCCCUUGUCAUUCAGAACCAGGAAUUUGACGGGGUGCCAGUGAGGAUCUACUCGUCCAGAACGGUGCCAACCACGAAAAGAAAAGCCGUGCUUUACUUCCAUGGAGGGGCAGGUAUUUUCGGAAGCAUCGAUGCCUAUGAAAGAAUCCUGCGCCACCUGGCGAAAGAGGGGGACGCGACGGUGGUGGCCGUUGGGUAUGGACUUGGGCCAGAGAAUCCUUAUCCAAACCAGUAUACUGAAUGUCUGAAGGCUGCUGUCCACCUCAUGAAACACGGGGAAGAUUAUGGCGUAAAUAGUUCCCGUAUUAUCAUUUCUGGAGACAGUUGUGGGGCUAAUUUUGCCACACGCAUUUGCCAGUUACUGGUAGGCCACAGAAAUCUGCCCAAGGUCCACGCUCAGGUGCUGAUCUACCCAGGACUUCAGGGCAUGGAUUUGUCGUUGCCAUCCUACCAGCAGAACUGCAGAAUGCCCCUCUUGUGGAAGAAACUGGUCCCCUACUUUUGCUGCCGCUACCUUAACAAGUCGACUUCCUUUGCAAAUGGUCUUCUGAAGGGCAGCCACGUCCCCACGGCCACCCGGCUGAAGUACCAGAAGUGGGUCAAUGCCAACAACAUCCCCCAACGGUUCAAAGUCAGGGGCUACACAGAACGAGACCCCUCUUUGUCCGAUUUUAACCCUCAGCUGUACGAGGAAAUGAAAGAGGUCCUCUCGGAGACCUUUUCCCCUUUGCUGGCCGAAGAUGCGGUCAUCUGCAAGCUCCCUCAGACCUUCCUUUUGACCUGCGAGUUUGACGUCCUUCGAGACGACGGGCUGCUGUACAUGAAGCGGCUGAUGGACAAUGGAGUGCCGGUCACCUGGAGCCAUGUUGAGAGUGGCAUGCAUGGAAUAAUGGCCUUUUUUGGCUACCGCACCCUGUCCUUUCCCGCAGCAAAGAGGAUUGUCCAUGAUGUCACCAAUUUUAUCAGAGGCUUGUGAGGCCAAAAGGAAACCUUUUCACCUUAUUCCUAAAACGCAGAUAUUAGAUUCCUAACCCUAAAACCCUAAGGCUGGG